UGCAGACAUCCCGCUCUGGAUUAAGAUCUUUUCACUCCUGAUCAUCUGAGUCUCCCUGUCUCCCCAUCUAGAUGACUGCUUUGUGGCUUGUGGAUGAAUGCAGCAAGGAGCCUGUUCUUGCAUGGAAGUGUUUCAGCACCUGGACAGCUCCUCAGCCAGCCUCCUCUGCGUGCCUGUGAGUGAUCUGCAUGUGCGCAGCUCUCCCAUUCAGCUCACGGUUCGAUCAGCUCUGUGCGGAGGAGCUACAGCUGCCUGGGACCUGAAGCUGACCAGAUCCUGAGAUCCUCUGUGAUCACUUAAAGGACAAGAGGACUGGGAAACCUGGAAACAUUACUAGAGAAAUCCUAAAGGGGAAAGCAUGGCUUCCAGGAGUUCUUGUGCUGUCCUGGGACUGCAAGCAUUCAUUCUUCUUCUGUACACGGUGGGUCGCAACAUGGCAGAACAAGAAGUUGAAAAUCUUUCUGGUCUGUCUAGUAACCCAGCGAAAAAUAUUUUUGCCAUUCGAGAAAAUGGGACAACGUGUCUUAUGGCGGAAUUCGCAGCUAAGAUAAUAGUACCCUAUGAAGUACCUUCCAUCAACGAAGUGGAUUGGGAUCUGGAAGAAGCGAUUAUCCAGUUGCCCAGAGAUACCGAAAUAAAAGGCAAAUGUUGGAAUAAUGAGUCUGAGCUGCAUUUGUCCUGGUUAGACAAAGCUUACACUCUCAAGCUGUCUUUCCUGAAGGUAACUGAAUUUGAAGAUUCCACUAAAUCCCACGGAAAAAACUGGAAACUGAAUAAAAUCCAAUUUUCUUAUAACGUUUCGGAGCGCACAAAUUUCAAGAAUGGCGCAAGACCUGGGAAGCACACAGCCAGCAAGCAACAUCUUUCGCUCAUGGUCACCCCAAUUGGAAUGUCCUACGAAUGCGACUCUCCAGAAAGAGUCAGCCUGACCUCUACCGAUCACCAGAAAAUCGUGACCUUGCUCCUCUCCGACGUUCACAUUCAGCCAUUCGAUAUCAACAGUGAUUUUGUUUACAGCGAAGAUUACAGGUGUCAAACAGAUCAAAGAAAACAGCUGGAGGAAAGCCUGCCGGUGAUUCUGGGCAUAACCUUAGGAGUGGCCAUCGUGAUCAUCCUUGCCGUGUAUCACAUUCAUCACAAAAUGACAGCAAACCAAGUCCAGCUUCCUAGGGACAGAUCUCUAUAUAAGCACAUGGGAUAAACAAAGACUUAUUAAAUGCAGGGCACAUGAAUCAUCAGGUAGAUAAAGCAACUGCACUUUUCCUAUUACCACUUACCUUUGAUGCCCUUUGAUCUAAUCAGUAAAAAGUGCUUCCCGGCUUUCAUAUAUGUACAGCGAGGCAUUGGGAACCGAUCUAUAGAUUUAAAUAUGAUAUGUGUGCCAAUAAUUUUUCAGUUAUAGCAUUUCGCUAUUUACUUGUAUCCUUUUCAUUUCCAGCGGGUUACAAAAUUCAUCUCUCACCCCUCUAGCACCCAAAUAGUUAAGAUAGGGGGGGGGGGUUCAUAAAAGUUCAUAACGCACAAUUCUAGUGGUUGCUUCAUUAUGUAUUUAUUUGCACACAUCAUCUGUGGUUGGAAUCUCAUUGCUAAUAGGACCUAUGCAUGAUAAGUAUUUAUAUCUUAGUACAAGAUAAAAAAUAACAGAAUAUUGAAAAUAUAUAUUGUUAAAUAAGUUUAGGCUUUACAAAUUAUUUUAUACAGACAAUUGAAAACACCAAAAUUGUCAACUUUGUUUUCUAAAAG